AAAGUGCGACGCUGGGUAUAUUACUUCAGCAGUCGAACACCUGCACACACAACUCGUCGAGCUCUUCCCUAGUCUUGGAGGCAAGCUUUUGGGAUCGUGUGGGUACUUGUGUCGGUCGAUUCUCACAUCCAAGGCCCUUAGCUCUGUAACAAUGGCGACCAGCGUUGCAGCGAUGCAGUCUGUCUCCGUGGCCCAGGUUAACACUGUGGGGUCGGCCGUUGUUGGAAAAAGCACAUUGCCCAACUCUGCGUUUUUGGGAUGCAAGAGUAAGGUCUCCGCAAAUGUGACCCUCGGUGUCGCCAAGGGCAAGAGCCGUGUUGUGUGCGAGGCUGAGGGCGAGAAGAAGAAGAAGGUGGACAGGUGGGCUGGACUCGGCAAUGAUAUUUCCGAUGACCAGCAAGACAUCCAGCGGGGGAAGGGUAUGGUGGACGCCCUCUUCCAGGGCGCUGUUGGCCUCGGAACCCAGGUUGUGACCAUGAGCUCCUGGGACUACGUUAGUACUGGCCAGAGGACUUACAACUUCGACAACAUGAAGGACGGUCUCUACAUUGCCCCUGCUUUCAUGGACAAGUUGAUUAUUCACAUCGCCAAGAACUUCAUGAACUUGCCUGGUAUCAAGGUACCCCUCAUCCUGGGUAUCUGGGGAGGAAAGGGUCAAGGAAAGUCCUUCCAGUGUGAGCUUGUUAUGGCCAAGCUCGGCAUUAACCCUAUCGUCAUGAGUGCUGGAGAGCUGGAGUCUGGAAACGCUGGAGAACCCGCCAAGCUCAUCAGGCAGAGGUACAGGGAAGCCGCAGAUGUCAUCAAGAAGGGUAAGAUGUGCGCCCUCUUCAUCAACGAUCUCGACGCUGGUGCUGGACGUAUGGGAGGUACCACCCAAUACACUGUCAACAACCAGAUGGUGAACGCCACCCUCAUGAACAUCGCCGACAGCCCCACCAACGUGCAGCUGCCCGGAGUGUACAACAAGGAAGAGAUCCCUCGUGUGCCAAUCAUCGUGACCGGAAACGAUUUCUCGACUUUGUACGCACCCCUGAUCCGUGAUGGGCGUAUGGAGAAGUUCUACUGGGCGCCCACCCGUGAGGACCGAAUUGGUGUGUGCAAGGGUAUCUUCAGAUUGGACAACGUCAGCGACGACAAUGUUACCAAGUUGGUUGACCAAUUCCCUGGACAGUCCAUCGAUUUCUUCGGUGCCCUGAGGGCGCGUGUGUACGACGACGAGGUGAGGAAGUGGAUCGCAGGUACGGGAGUGGAGAACAUCGGAAAGAACUUGGUGAACUCCAAGAACGGACCCCCAACCUUCGAGAAGCCCGCCAUGACCAUCGAGAAGCUGAUGGAGUACGGAGAAAUGUUGGUGCAGGAGCAACAGAACGUAAAGCGUGUACAGCUCGCCGAACAAUAUCUGUCUUCCGCCGCACUGGGAGAUGCCAACGCCGAUGCCAUCAAGCAAGGAACUUUCUACGCCGGAGGCCAAGCUCCAGCGUCCCAGUAGAGGAACCGCCGCGGCGCGGUGGGCAGAGAGGCGUGGCGAAGGCAAGCGAAGGAAUAGAGAUGCAAAGUGUCCAGGACAUGAGACUAGCACUGAUCUCAGCGUCCUGUGGAAUCUAGUGCCUUGGGUGUGUUGAAGUGAUCCUGCGUGCAUGAAAGUGAAGGAUUGCCAUAUCUCCCUGUUCCCAGUCCUCGCACUGAAAUGGAGUGCCCAUUCUGCAGCUGGAGGUGUCCAUUCUGUACCAAAAUGUAUUUGCUGUGAAUUAGCUCAAUGACAUCGCGUAGCGGUGUCGUUUCCAGCAGAGGCACUUUUACGCCUGGCACUUGCAGGCGGAGUGUGUGAUCCUAAUACAACUGAUUUUUGAAUCACCUCA